AUGCAGGUGUGGGAAGCGCUGGAGCUGUGCGUGUUCCAACUCCUGGUUGAAGAAAACGACAUGCCGCCAUCGCCACCAAAGCAACAAGCCGCGAAGCCAGCGAAGCAAGACCAGCAGCACGCAGCCCAAGAAGAAGAUGAAGCAACAGCCGUCAGAGAAGAAGAAGCAGCAACGCCGCAAUCGCAAGAAGCGCCCGCACAAUCAGGUUGCACACCUUGCGGUAAGCACGAUGACGAUAUGCGUGACACCAUUUCGGGCGAUUCGAAUGCAAAACGAGCGGAAAAGAUCCUUCAAGCAGUGGCGAAGUCGCAAUUGCCGGCCUGGAUUGGCCUCGUCACGAAACACCGAACUUCCCCAACUGGAACUGCUGGCAUCUUUGCCGUCACCAGCAUUCCAGCGUUCGGUUCCGUUCUCCACCCAAGUUCCAAAGCAACCACAAAACACACCACACCAGCGACUACACCUGCCAACAACAGCCACCCAGCCAGCACUCUCAUCCUUCCCGAAGCAGACCGAACAGAACAGUGCUUCUGUGGCAUUCCAAAGGGUUCCCAAGCCACAAGCACCACAGCCAGCCAUCGCGAAGCUUGCAGGCAGCCGCUUCGAAGGUCUUCAACUGCCACAACGACACCCAGCCUACGUCUUCGACACAAGGACAUCCCCUGCCCUGGCACACUGCUGAGCAGAGCAGAGAUGCCUCCCGAGAAGGAAAUCCUGCAAGGCAUGGACCUGGCCAGCCUCGCAUCCACACACCUCGCGUACCUCCAGGAACAGCAGCAGCAGCAGCAGCAACAACACCUCGACCAGCCUGCUUCGGACACAUCCGCAGCCGCUGAGCUUGUCCGCGCGAAACUCGACCUCAUCAACUGGCUGCUGCUCCCAGAGGAACAGCAGGUGGUCACCGACAAGAUUCGCCAAGCAUGCAAUGCCAUUUCGGAUGCACAGCACCCGCCAUCGUCCUCGCCAACAGCGACAGCGGCAGACAUCGACAGCGCCUUCGUCUUGGAUGGACCUGCUGCGACCACAAUCGCGAAAACAACAGCAGCACCCUCUACAGCCAUGUCCUUGUCCACUUGCCCAAGUUCCAGCGUGGCCCACAGCAACGACCACAGGCGGCAGCAACAGCUGCAGCGGCGGCAGCCGUCAUCAAGCUCCCUGCCUUCCAUGGCAGCAACAACGGAGGCAGCGCCGACCACAACCACCGCUGCUGUGACGACCACAAGUACCGCCGCGUUGUGGCAGCAAUCCCACGACAACGCUCCCAUCUCCGACUUUGAAGCCGCGCUGGCCGCAGUGACCAAGCCAUCGUCCGCGUCGUCGUCGUCGUCGUCGUCGGCGCUGCCCUCCAAUUCCUCAGCUCGCCUCUGCGCGGCACACGGCAGAGCUGGACAGGCCCGUGUUCACACCGCCGCCACCUCGACAGCACCUUCCUCCUCAUUGGCCCCAUCAGGCACCACAGCCACGGCUUUCCCCCUGCCAACCCGUCAGCAGCACUACGGCCCACAAACCACAUUUUCCUCGAGCACACAGUCGCAGCAGCAGUUUGGUGGUGGCGGCGGCGGUAUCAUCAGCGCUGGCAGCGUGAUGCAGCAGCAGCAGCAACCACAGCAGCAGCAGCAGCAACCACAGCAGCAGCAGCAGCAACAACAACAACAACAGCAACAAUUGUUGCCCCAGCCAUUCGAUGCACUGCUGUCGCAGGCGGGGCUCGCUGGGCUUCCCACUCAGGCAGCCCAGUGGCUUGCAUCCCAGCAGCAGCAGCAGCAGCAACAGCAACCACAUGAGCAGCAAGUGGCCGCAAUGCAGCUGCUGCAGCAGCUUGUGGAGACACAAAUGCAAACGCACGUGAACGAGCUGCAACAACAACUGAGUCACACGCAACUCCACCAGCAACAGCCACGACAGGCACAACCUGCACUGCACCCACAAUCGCACCUGCAACCACAACAGCAACAACCACAACAACCACAACCAUCGCCUGUGGUCACAAGCGAUAUCGGGUACACGGGUCAAGGUGAACUGGACGGCAUUCCAGCACCGUACUCUGACGUGCUGGCGCAGAUUGAUGCUGCAACCGCCACCUCGUCCUCCGCGCGACAGGGCGCAUCGUCGCCAUCGUCGGCGUCGUCGAGUGCCCAGCAGGCGGCGGAGACAAUGCGACAGCAAACGGAGGACAGUGACGAGGAGGAGAAGGGCGAGCGGAUCCGGUGUCCUGUGUGCAACGGUCGCGGUCGGGACAGUGACAGCAACAUCUGUGGCGUGUGUUACAACGGCGUCUACAAUGACAUUAAGAAGUGGAUCAAGGUGCUCAACACCAGCGGAUUGGACAGCAUCGCCGUCACAGACUUUGCAAAAGGGCUGAUUGACCUGCCACGCGGCUGCCACCGUCGCUACACAUGCAGGAAGACCCACUUUGACGUACAUCGCUCCAAACAUGAGCGGUGCACGCGCUGCCGUUCCCUGUACAUUUGUCGCCACUUUCCCACGUUUGUCUCCAACCGUAAGUUGCUGCACCACUUAAGCGAAACAUCCGUGUGCCGGUCACCUUUGCGUGAUGCGCAGCAGUGCUGUGCUCGCCAUGACCAACACGAUGAUGAUGAUGACCAUGACAACCGCCGCGAAGAUGAUGGUGAUGAUGAUGACGACCAUGAAGACCGUGAGGGCUGUGGAUGCACCACCUUGCCGGCAAACGUGCUGCACCCACGUACCUGA